AUUUAGGAAGACUUUUUUUUCAUUUGAGGAAUUAAGCACUAGCUAGCCGAUCCCUCGAACUUUUGAUCCCUCGAACUAUUAAGUAAGAAAUUGUUAAUGGAAUCAGCCGUUAUGUACCCAGAUCAAGUGCAACAGCAACAAUUCUUACUUAUAACAUUGAAUUUAAUAUAUAUCCUAUAUGAAGUUAUAAAUUAAUAAGUUAUCAAAAUAUAUCUUCAAACCCCUUCACUCGCUCCCAGGAGCACCCAGUGCUAGGGUUUCUCGUGCUUUCCGCCAACAACGCCGCUGGCCUGCCUUGUCUCAUGUGGUCUUAGUGCCAUGGAGGUGGUGUGGAUCCUGAACCCUUGUUGGUGUGAGGGCCAUGUUUUUGGAUGGCUUUUGAGUUUUGUUAGGGUUUGUGUCUCUAAACAUGGAAUAAGGUUCUCCCCACCCAGUCUCCAUCCCGGUGGUACUUCUAGCAUCAUUGGAGGGCAUGUGGAGGUUUGUCUCCUGCGGAUCUCGCGGUAGUCGAUUGACAUUUGUCUUUGGUGGAUCUAGUCUUCGUUCGUCUAUAUUUAUGUGUCUAUAUGUCCGGAUACUUUCGAUCUAUGCUUCUCUUCAUCGGCGACAAUUGAUGUUCUAGUGCGCUGGUCCUAUAGGGCCUUAACACGACAACUUUCAGACUGUCUACUACAACAAGGUUUGCCCAACUCCGAUGAGGGAGAGGCAAGUCACUAGGUGGUCUACGAGACCUGGAUGUAAAUUUUAUUUCUGGUGUUCUUUGUCCUAUUUUGAUUGUUGAUGAAUUUAUCGAAACUUUUUCAAAAAAAAAUCUCCAAAUAAAUUUUGUAUGCAAACAUUUGAAAGAAAAAGCAAAAGAUUCACUUUUGGUAUUAAGUUUUGAGGGAUCGGCUAAAAGUUUAAUCUCUCGAAAAAAGGAAUUAAAAGGAUAAGACGAGAAUCCUAAUCACCUGUUGCUGCACAGCGGAAGAACAGUCGUGGGUUUCUCUGCAGUGACGAAGGAAACACCGAAACAGAAGACAGAAAUCCCAGUCCCCGCCGCCAAAGGCCCCAACCACGAUGGUGCCAGGAAUGGCGCCCAAGCCGGCGGCGCCGAUGCCCGCGCAGCCGAAGAAGCCUCAGCACAUGCUGGUGCUCGGCACCGGCUUCGUCGGCCGCUACGUCUCGGAGCGCCUCCUGUCACAGGGAUGGCGUGUGUCCGGGACGUGCACCAGUGCCGCCAAGAAGAUGGAGCUCGAGUUGCUGGGCAUGACUGUUUCCGUCUUCGAUGCCACAACAAGCAACCUUGCAAAUCUUCAUGCUUUGCAAGAUGCAACCCAUUUGCUCAUCUCCAUUCCUCCCAUCCCUGGGGUUGGUGAUCCUUUGCUUUCUUCACAUGCUGACCUGCAAACAACACUGACUAGUGGUAAUCUUCAAUGGUUAUGCUACCUAUCUUCAACAAGUGUGUAUGGUGAUUGUGGUGGUGCAUGGGUUGAUGAGGAUCAUGUAGUGAAUCCAAAGAGCGAGUCUUCCAAGUUAAGAUAUGCCGCUGAACAAGGAUGGUUGGAUCUUGUCGACGAGCUGGAUCUAUCAGCUUUUAUACUUCGUUUGGGUGGGAUAUAUGGGCCUGGAAGAAGUGCUUUGGACACCAUAGCUAAGAGAAAAUCUUCUUCGCGAAGACAGAAGUUGAGGGAGUCCAAACAGUACACUGCACGUAUCCAUGUGGCUGACAUCUAUCAGGCUAUCCUGGCUAGCAUGAGCAUCAAAUCUACAAGGAAGAUAUACAAUGUGGUGGAUGAUGACCCUGCCCCGAGAUCCGAGGUCUUUGCAUUUGCUCAGAGCUUGAUAGAGAAAAGAUACCCUGAUCUCGCAGCGGAUUCUGCAGGAUCAAACAGCCAGGACAGGAUUAUAGCUGCUGAAAAACGGGUAUCUAAUUGUCGGUUGAAACAGGAACUGGGCGUUAGGCUUGCCCACCCAUCUUACAGAUCAGGGCUGCAGAGUAUUCUUGAUUCCUGGUUCGCCGAGGGAAAUCAGUGAUGUGUAGCCUGUGCAGCGAGUAGCAUUUCUUUCAAUCCUUUGGUUUGGAUGAUACUCCCUCUGAUCCUAAAUAUAAGUCUUUGUAGAGAUUUCACUAUGGACUACAUACGAAGCAAAAUGAAUGAAUCUACACCCUAAAAUGCAUCUAUAUACAUCCGUAUGUGGUUCAUAGUGAAAUCUCUACAAAGACUUAUAUUUAGGAACGGAGGGAGUACAACUUGAACCUGUACACUAUUAGCAAAAAAGAAAAGAAAAACAUGAACCUGUACACGAUACCGCACAUUGUACCUGAGACUGAAGUAAUUUACUAUGAUCCCAAGGAAUAUUUUGCCGAACGUAGUGAAAACUAAAAUAAAUGCAGUUGCAAGAUUAA